AUGGGCAUUUCAUUUGGUGCAUUGGCCGGGAAGCCCCCAAUGAUCCCUGAGACCCCAGACCCCGAAGGUAGUGAAGGAGCAGCCGGAGCGGACGCGCUCGUUUUUGUCCAGAAGGAGAAGAAAGAAGAUCAUGGAAAAGAAAAGCCUCCAGUGUUCCAAGGGGGCUCCGAGGAAGCUGAAAUCUUUCCUCCACCCUAUGCCCCUCUGUACCCCCUUUAUAUGGAAACCUCGCUGCUACACUCCUGUGUGGAAACCUUGGAGGACCUGCUGCCUCAUCCAACCCACAUCAGUGAAGGACCACUAAAGGACUCCCAUUUUACUUGGUUUACAGAUGGCAGCUCCCUCUUCUGGAAAGCCUCCAUCCAGACCGAUAAUGGCCCAGAAUUCGUCUCCUCUGUAACCCAGCUCCUGGCCAAGUCUCUAAAUAUCUUCUGGCACUUUCAUAUUCCCUACGACCCUCAGUCCUCAGGGAAGGUGGAACGUGCCAACCGGUCCCUCAAACAGAUUUUAACCAAGCUGUCCCUUGAGUUACAACUAGACUGGUUAAAGCUCCUACCCCUGGCCCUUCUCUGCCUGCAGCACCUGCACACUUUCCUUUGGAAGUAUGCUAACCAAUGCAUCCCCAGGCCCUCCUCAUCUUCCGAGCCCUCCAUUAAGGCUGGGGACCUGGUGUACAUUUCAAAGAACUACCUGCCACAGACAUCAAGUCCCACCAAGCUCUCUGCUAAGUGGGAUGGGCCUUAUCCAGCCUGUGCAACAUUUGAGGAUGUGGUCAUUUUUUUCUCCCAGGAGGAGCUGGAGUUUCUCAGUCAGGCCCAGAGGCUUCUCUACCUUCAUGUGAUGCUGGAGAACUUUGCACUUAUAAACUCAGUGGAAAAUCCUUGUGAGCCCAGCAAGUGUAAGGACGUGUUCCACGGCAAGCCCCAGCAGAGGCACACCGAGGAGAGGCCUUACAGGUGUCGAGAGUGCAGGAAGUCAUUUAAGGAAGUCCAUGCACUCACUGUGCACCAGAGAGUCCACACCAGGGAGAGGCCUUACAGGUGUCGAGAGUGCAGGAAGUCAUUUAAGCGAGGAGAUGCUCUUGCUGCCUACCAGAGCGUUCACACGGGAGAAAGGCCCUACAUUUGUGGCGAAUGUGGGAGAUCAUUUACUCGGCGUGCCUACCUUGUGAGUCACUGUGGAAUUCACACGGGAGUAAAGUCUUAUGAAUGCAACGAGUGUGGGAAAACCUUUAGGCAGAAGUCCGUUCUCCUUAGGCAUCAGGUGGUUCACAAUGGAGAAAGGCCUUAUGAGUGUUUCGAAUGUGGAAAAUCCUUCAAGCAAGAACGUGACCUCACUGUACACCAGAGAGUCCACACUGGAGAGAGGCCUUACAAGUGCAGAGAAUGCAGGAAGUCCUUUAAGCAGAGAGAUGCCCUUACUGUACACCAGCAAGUCCACACUGGAGAGAGGCCCUUUAGAUGUGGUGAAUGUGGGAAAUCUUUUACCCAGCAUGCCAACCUUGUUGGGCAUUCCAGAGUUCAUACUGGAGAAAAGUCUUACGAAUGUAGUGAGUGUGGGAAAGCCUUUAGGUACAGAGCCAAUGUUGUUCAUCACCAGGAAACUCACAAAGAGAAAGGGCUUUACGAGUGUGAGCAGUGUGGGAAAGUCUUUGGACACAAAACAAAAAAAACUACUUCCGUGUUCGGCCGGGAGGCGCUGGGCGGGACUUCCGCACAGCAUUUUCUGGUUUGGCCGCUGCUCCUGGAGUGUGCAGGUGGUCCGAAGCGUGGGGGCGUGGGCCAGAUUCCCAUGACUAUGGAAGUGCUGGGAGACCCCACACAGCAGGCCUGUGUGACUUUUGAGGAUGUCGUCAUUUACUUCUCCCAGGAGGAAUGGGAGUUCCUCAGCACAACCCAGAGGCUCUUGUACCUCAGUGUGAUGCUGGAGACCUUUGCACUUGUAACCUCCCUGGGUUGUGAGUAUGGAAUCGAGGAUGAGGAGACAUCUGUACAGAGCUUUUCUUUGAAAGGAAUGUCACACUUGAGGAUUCCAAAGCCAGGUAUACCCACCCAGGACACUCACCCUUGUGACAUCUUGGUCCCAGUCUUGAAAGACAUUGUGCACCUGGCAGAACCACCCAUGCAGAAACUGUGCUUGGCUGGAGCAUGUGCUCGCCUUCCCCAGACCCUGAGCCAUCGCAGUCCAGAGAAACCCCAGAAGAUGGACAAGGAUCCAAACUCAUUUUUGGAGAGAGAUGGACUUUGUGUCUCAGGGAAACCUUUUGGCUAUGACGGCCUUGGGAAAGAGUUCCCACCUUUGCUGGACCUUCUGAGUCCCCAAGUCCUUCCUAAGGGUGAGAAGCUCAGCAAUGCUGAGUUUGGGGAGGCCUUUCACCAUGGGAAAAGUAAUCACAAGUUGGUUAAGUGCAGAAAAUCUUCCAGGCCCCUAAAUAUGUCUUUUCAUAACCCAAGAGGCUACACCGAGAAAAGUCUUUAUGAGCACAGCAGCUGUGAGAAAGAGUUCCACGAUGAUCACUCUCUUACCCACCAUCAGAGAACACACACUGGAGAAAGGCCUUAUGAGUGUAGAGAAUGUGGGAAGUCUUUCAAGGAAAGAUUUUCCCUGAUUGCACAUCAGAGAGUGCACACUGGGGAAAGGCCUUACCAAUGUAGAGAAUGUGGGAAAUGCUUUAGGCGAGGAUGUUUCCUUACCAUACACAGGAGGGUGCACACUGGAGAAAGGCCUUACGAGUGUAGAGAAUGUGGGAAAUCCUUCAGGGAAAGAUGUUCCCUCACUAAGCACAAGAGGGUCCACACUGGGGAGAGGCCUUACAAGUGUGGGAAAUGUGGGAAAUCUUUUACCCAGCGCACCCACCUUGUAAGCCACAGCACAAUUCACACCGGAGAGAAGUCUUAUGAGUGCAACGAGUGUGGGAAAACCUUUAGGCAGAAGUCUGUGCUCAUCAGACACCAGGUGGUUCACAAUGGAGAAAGGCCUUACGAGUGUGGCGAAUGUGGGAAGUCUUUCAAUCAGCGUUCCAACCUUAUUUCUCACUGGGGCAUUCACACGGGGGAAAAGUCCUAUGAGUGCAGUGAAUGUGGGAAAACCUUUAGGCAGAAGUCUGUGCUCAUCAGACACCAGGUGGUUCACAACGGAGAAAGGCCUUACGAGUGCAAGCAGUGCGGCAAAUCCUUCAAGCGAGGGUAUGCCCUCACAGUACACCAGAGAGUCCACCUGGAGAAAGGCCUUAUCCGCAUGGAGAGUGUGAGGAAUCCUGCAAGCGAGGAGAUGCCCUUACUAUAUGCCACAGGCUUCUCACUAGAAAAAGACUUGAUGAAUGCAACAAAGGUUCAUCUCCUUCAACCUCAGCACUACCAUGCCAUAGAGAGGCCACGUGGAGUUGGCAGUUACCAGGAUACUUUCAGACCAAGCUCCAAUCUUACUCAGCAGCAGAGAGUCCAUGCUUGGGAACAGCCUCAGACCUGAAGGGAGUGUGCUAUCCCAGACAGCCUUGACUAGUGAGCCAUCUGCUGGAAGUUGAACUGCACACUUCCAGGGGUCUGGUGAGGCCUCCAGGAGCUGUUAUGCACAUUAUAAUGUCACAGUGAAAUCAUUGCCACUCUGUGUUAGAGAAACCAUCAUUGUACCAUUCUUACAGGCAGAACCUACACUGAUGAGGUAAAGUAAGCCAGGUGCAUCUCUGCUCCGUCAUUCUGUAAUGGAAGUCUUGAUAGCAUGAACCAUUAGGGGAACUGCAGUCCUUUUGCUGAGUGACUGUGGAUGUCAUUAGUACCAGAGGAACUCAGGCCUGUUUCAGCUUGAUGCUUUCAAGAAGGCUGAGCCCUUCCUGGAAGUUCUUACCCUCACAUGAACUUGUACUUGAUGUUCCUACCUGCAUUGCUCUUUUGUCACUAAUAAAGGCCUUAUUGUUGAAUACACUUUGAGCACAAUAAUGGUAACUGUAUAGGGUGGGAUGGAAUAGAAUUGUGUUACAUCUACAGGAGAGGAUGUACAAUGAGAUCAAUAUUCUGUGCCUCAGUAGGAAGAUUAUAAUGGCAGACAGUAAUACUUAAUACUUCUUAUCCACUGUGGUUCCUUUAUUCCUUGUUAAUAAGUCCUGUGCUCUAAUGUACAUGGAUCUGUUUCAUGACUCUGAUUGUUUUAGCUUGGACCUCACCAACAUAAAACACAUUUCUCAGGAAUAGCCUGGGGCCAGAGCACAAAGCCCGGCUCCAGGAUCCAGGUGGGAGACUCCAACCAUGGAGGGCUGCCAGUGACCUCUUAGAUGCCUGAGAGCUCCAGCCAUGACCCUGGUGGGCUCUGGGGGUUCCCCUGCAUCUACAGCCUCCAUGAGCCCCUACCCAACGCCAGCUGACCCUCCUGACCUCGUCUAGAUAA